AUGAGAGUUUGGGGCAUUCAACAAGGUUGUGUAUUAUGUGGUGAGAGGGAUGAAACCCGUGAUCAUCUUUUCUUCGCUUGUCCUUAUUCUUUCACAGUGUGGGACAAGCUAGUGAGCAGGUUGAGCGGAAAUAGGACUGAUCCAGACUGGAUGGCCACGCUUCGGUAUGUCAGUGGCAACUCACUUCACCUUUUGGACAGGAUUUUGCUAAAAAUGGCGUUCCAGACAUGCGUCUAUCUCUUGUGGAAGGAAAGGAAUGGGAGAAGGCAUCGCACUUGUUUCCGGACAGCAUACCAACUGAUUAGGAUCAUUGAUAAAACGGUAAGGAACAGGAUUACUUCGCUUCGACACAAGGCUGGCCAAAAGCUUGAAGGAUUGAUGCGACCUAUGUCUGAGGAGCUGCCGAAGAGGCUUUUUAAGGAGGGCGAGGAGCCCCGAGUUACUCAGAUCAACAACAACUGCAGGAUCGACUACAUAAUCCGAAAGGUGAUACACAGCUUCUUGUGUAGGGAGCUGGUGACUUUCUUACAGCACGAGCUAUGGUUUGUCUUUGCGAGGAGACCGCUUCGAUUCUCAUUGCAAGAGUUCCACGCCGUAACCGGGUUUGAAUGCGAUACUCAUAUCUCGCUUGAGGAGUUUGAAGAGUGGAAAUAUGAUGGUGGUUUCUGGAGCAAGGUUUUGAGGAGAAAAGAUGGAACAAUUACACUCUUCAACCUGUGGACUAAGGACAAGGAAGCUGUAAAGAAGUGGAGGAAUGCAGAUCGCAUACGUCUUGUCUACUUGGCGAUCAUUCUUUGUGUGGUAUUGGCGAGAGAUGAGAAGGCUAAUAUCCCCCUGAAGUACAUCGCGGUGGUCAUGGAUCUUGACAGAGUUCGAAGGUAUCCUUGGGGAGUUGCUGCUUAUGACCUUCUCUGCAAAUCAAUAGCCAAAAAUCGUUCCCAACUGAAGGAAAAGACCACUAGCUAUGUCUUGGAUGGCUUCUCAUACGCCUUGCAGAUUUGGGCAAUGGAAGCGGUACCAAAAAUUGGGAAGCUUUGUGGAAAAAAGCUGGAUAAGGGUUUCAAGGACGGUCCUAGAUGCAUAAACUGGAUGGGAGCUGCGAAGGUGUCAUAUGAGGAGAUCAUUCGCUUGGAGGAGAUUAUUACACCCAAGGAUGACAUCUACCCAUACAUCUCAUGGACAGGAAAUUAUGAUGUUGUCAAAGCUCAGGCGUUUCGCAGAGAUGAUGAUGUGGAGGAUGAUAGAAUCAAUGUUCUGAUGGAGAUGAUAAAGAAGGGGCAUGAUUUUAGUGAGCAUGUUUGGGAAACUGAAGAAAAUGAAGUGAUUUCUUUAUCUCUCGAUGACGAAUCAGCUGUGAAUGAUGAAGCAAGCGUGAAUGUUGAAGCAGCCGAGAGUGAUGACGACUUUCAGACUCCGAAAGGAUCAAAAAACGUUGGUUCUAGAUCAAAGAGGGGUAAAAAGAGGCUUCCCGAUCGUGGUAUGGAGAAGAGAAAGCAUAAGGUUCUCGCAAGUGGUGCAAAGCAAGCUCCUUUUAAUGAAGACAUGAAGGCUUUUAUGACACAGUUGUUUGAGCACAACUUCUCUGGAAUGGAACAAAGGAUACAGAAACAGAUGGCCGAGACAUUUGAGCAGAUGCGGACAGAGCUUAAACAAUCACGUAAGGAAGCCAGCGUUGAAGUUGAGCUUGGAGAGCCUUCACCGACAAAGCCAUCGACGAGCCAGGCACCGUUGAGGAGGUCCACACGCGGGGUAAACAAACACUAGUCUUCACCAUCCUCUUCAAUGUUAUUUUGUCUUGUUUAAGUUCGUGGUUUGCGUGUCUGUUUGUUUUAUUGGCAUCUAAGUUAUCGGCCUGAAUUUUGUUGUACUUUAUAAGGUCUCGGUUUGUAUGUGUGCUUGGUGUGUAAGUGUCCUUGGUUUGUAAGUGUCUUGUUUGAACUUAUGUAAUGGUCUGGAACUUUUAUGUAAAAUAAUUAUGUAAUGAUAAUGUAUUUUGGUGUCUCAAUUAUUGCUUAUUUGUCGUGACAUAACAGGAUGGUUCCGAGACUACAUUCGAUGUGAAUUAUAGUGAAGCAGAUGAUAUGGGUCGCGGGAUAGGUACGCAAGGGGUUGAAGGGCUUUCUCAGACGUCGUAUGUGCCAGGCUUUGAUCCAUCUCAGGACAAAAAAGAAGAAGACUGGUGGACUCCAAUGACUUCGGUCCGAGGUUCAGUGGAUAAUCCAGUAAAGAAAGAAAAGACAGAGAUGAAUACAGCUCCACCGCCGUCACAGUGGGAGAAAUGGUGCAAAAGAAAAGGUCAUGGACUUCAGCUUAGCGAUUCACCAUUGCCAGAAGAUGCUUCUCCGCAGGCGUCACUUUAUUAUAUCUCCGAAGAGUCAUGGAAAGGAUUCACGGAAUGGGCAUUAAAGCCUAUACCUUUAACAAUUGGUCCUACAUGCUUUAAUUUGUCUGUAGCUACAAGAGUAGUAAGUGCUGGAAAAUGGCUUGGAAACGAGGUAAUGAAUCUUGUACUAACCUUUAGUGAAUUUAUCUUCCUAAUACUUCUUAUAUGCUAUAUUACUUAACUUUCAUUGUAAAUUUUUAGGAGAUGGAUGCGGUUAUGUUUAUAUGGCGUGUGAACACUACAUUGAA